AUGUUUAAAGGCUCCAAGGCGAGUCACUAUGCGGAAGAGCUGCACAGCGCUAGGCUCAGAGGCCACUCUGCAGCCAGGAGAAUGCAAUCUGAUGUGAAUGGCUCUGCAGGUGCCGACUUCCCUGAGCUGCUCCGCAAGUUUGCCAAGCACAACCCCGAGCAGACAGCUACCGCCGACAUUGUGCGCAUGGAGUAUGAGAUGCACUUGGGCAUUGCAAGCUUUUUUGAAAGCGAAGGCUUUUGCGAUGCCUCGUACAGCGGCGAUUCUCCUUCCCAUGCCACGUUUCCCCCUACCAUGCCCCCCGGCCUCAAAACGACCGAGGUUGUGCGCGAGCACACAGAAACAUUUGGGCAGAAGAUGCAGGAAAGGGAACUGUUUAUUGCCGAUGCUACCGGGUGCGUUGUCUUGCGCGCGUACGGCCUCUUCAUGCAAGGCCUCGACGCCGAAGCCGCUGCACUUAUUCACGGCUCGCGUCUGCUCGAGGCGAACCCACUGGCAAACAACAAGUCUGGAUCGCGCACCGCACAGCUGGAGCAACAUGUAGCACACGCUAUCCUCGGUGCCGCAGUCGCCGGUCUCGCUUCGGAGCGUCUCGCGAUCCAAGGCGAGGCCAACGAGAGGGCCGAACGCGCACAGGAUGCGCUGCAGGCGUAUGCAAAGGCCAACAGCUUUCAUGAGCAGCUCCGCGGUGGCGCCGGCACCAAGGCCGCGCGCACACAGCCCUUUGUGGACGAGGCUGAGCGCUGGCUUGAAGUUGCGCUGUACCACAACGCGCUGCUUACCAUGCGUGUGCACGGAAUGGAGAAAGGCUUGGAGUGCCUGCGCAGCUACCAAGCCAAGGAAUCUCGCUGGCCGCCCUCCUUCCGCAUGCCUCAGCGCAACGUGCUGCGCAACAUUUACGCAUCCGCGCUGAACAAUGCCCGCACCACCGAGGACCCCACGCCGGUUUCUGCCAACGAAGCAAAAGCAGUACGCAGCACUGCGCCUUCGUCUACGUGGACGAACGAGUACGCGGCGAUGCGGCGCACCGCUCAGCGCGUGCUCGAGAAAUCGACCUCCUUUCCCCGAUCCGGCGAAUCGAAUGAAAACGCGGAGAGUUUGGCCGACCAGCUUGUUUUGAGCUGGCGGCUCGACGGCGCACAAGGCGGCGCAUUGGCUGACGAAGUAGUCGAUCUCUUGUACGGCCUCUCGCGCGUCACAUUCCGCUCGCAAACAAUUCUGCGCCUCCUUGUGCAGAUGCUUAUCGCGGCAGAAGCGUUCCAAGAGUCCAUCUUUGUCCUCGAAAAAUACAUGUUACUUGUUCAAAGUACGUGGCAAGCCACUGGCGUGCCGCUCGCUGGACAGCGCAAAGUGUGCGAAGGGCGCUACGUCGACAACCUGCAGCAGUACAUUGACACUGUCCUGCUCGGGGCGCAUGUCGAGCUAACGUACCUCGGCAAUGCAGUUGCCUCCGAUACGCUCUGCAAAACACUCUUGAGGUUUGUUGGCGUCCUCCCCAAAGAGGCAGACACCAAUGACUUACUCCCUGUCUGCGAUACCGACGACAGCACCAUGGCACGGAUCUUGCGCGCUGCCGGCCGUGCGCUUGCCGCACAACUUCAACACGCGACGACCACGGAACGGAGCACGCUGCAGCGCGAUGCAAAAGCGUAUCUGACUCGCUCUCUCGCGCUUGACGCCCAGUCGUCGGAGUCGCAGUACCUGCUCGCCUGCCUCCUUGCCGAGCUGCAAGACAUUCAGGGCGCAACGACCUGUGCGCGUGCCGCGCUGGAGCUCGAGCCAGCUAGCCUGGAUGCGUGGCACCUUGUUGUGCUGCUGCUCACCGCACAGCGCAAUGUUGGCGGCGCACUGCAAUUCGCCGAAGAAGCGCUCACCCAAGCAGAAGUCGACGAGGAGGCCGAUGCGCAGGGAGCAUACACGCAGCUCGUCUCGUUUGACUACCCCCCCACUCAACGCGAGCGCGCCGUUUCCUACCUGCGCCUGCUCAUCACCCACAAUGUUCUCACCGAGCUCAUGGAAGGUACGCAAGCAGCGCUUGCCGGCCAAAAAGAGCUUUUUGCGGCGUUCCAAUCCCGCGUUGCUUCUGUCGCUCUCGACUCCCAGAGCCAGGCACGCCUCUCGAGCAACGAUGCCGCUGCGCCGCAGACAUUUGCGCGCCCCACCGGCACCACUGCACUCACUGCCUCGCCCGCAAUUGCGCGCGAGAACUACAGAGCGCGCACAGAGCGCGCCCUGCUCCUCUCGCUCUGGCUCCUUAGCGCCGCUUCUUUCCGCCGCGCUGGGGAGCUGGAGCAGGCGCGCGAUGCAAUCGCCGAGGCCGAGCAGCUUGACUCGCUCUCUCCCGAUAUUUGGGUCCAGCUUUCUUUCUGGUGCAUCGACGCGCAAAAGAGUGGCGCGGCAGUGACGUGCCUGUACAAGGCUUUGUCUUGCGACCCGGACCACGUACCUGCCUCGGUUACGCUUGCGCGCCUGUUUUUGCAGCCCAAUGCUAUUCACUUACACGCCUCGCACGCAGAGUCGAUCGCGACCGCUGCGACUGCGCUCGACGGCGGCCAAGUUCUUACGCGUCUUUCGCUUCUGGACGAGGGCGUGGGCAUUGAUUUGGAGUCCGAGGCACUACAGAGCCGCAGCCGUCUCCUUGGCGUGCAUCCAGGCGACGGCACUGAACAGCCCACGUCUGCACAAGUCGCGCCUGCAUUUGCAUGGCGCCACGAUCCCUCUUUACCGCCGCUCAGCAUUGCCGAAGGGCUGCUGCGCACGGCCACUACCCAGCGCGGCCACAGUUCGCCGGAGGCUUGGCAUCUGCUUGCGCAGGUAUCGAAGCAUGCCAAGCUUUCUCGCGACGUCCAGCUCCGUCAGCUUAAAGAGGCGCUCCGUCUUGAAAACACGCGCCCAAUCCGUCCAUAUCACGCCGCCUUGGCGCUUCCCUAG